GCCAUCUUUAGGAAACAUGGCGUCUUAUGCUGGUGGUGCUGGACACAUGGUAGGAAUGCUGCAUGGCAGGCGGGCACCGGGUGCUUCUCAGCACUUCCCCUCGUUACCGCCGGGUACCUUGGAUACCUAUGCUCAGCCGGAUCCCGUGCAAGACUUCCACCGGCAUCUGAACAAGCUGUACAGCCUGCAGCCGUCUGACUCUGAGAGCUUCCGCACGGAGAUCAACCUGCUGCUGGACCAGCUCAUCUCCCAGGACUACACGGAAGAAGGGCCGGGCAUCAAGGAGGGGGAGGUCUGUGCCUUACUUGUUCAAGCUUGUCACCUUGUUCAGCUAAGCCAAGAACAUCUUGUCAGUAAAGUUUGUCAGCUCAUACAUUAUUUGCUCAACAGACUUCAGGUGAUUGUUGAUGAAAAGAAUUUGGAUUUCCUCCUUGGGUUUUCGAUUUCUGCCUUGAAACAAUGUAGCUCCUGGACACAUGUGGAGAUUCUGCAUGCAUUAGCAGCAUUAGUGUAUACCAAUGGGCACAAGUGUCAGAAGUAUCUUCCAGAGUUAUUGGGGCCAAGUGGAAUCCUGGUACAAUUAAUUGAUCCUGUCAAGUCUGAUCCUGAGCUAUUGAGAGCAGCUGUUCAUAGCAUGGCCAACUUAUGUCUCUGUGUACCAGGAGAACCUUAUUUGGAAGAACCAUACCGAAUGACCUGUUUUAAAAAUUUUCUUACCGUCCUCCAGGCCUCAAGAUUUAAUGUGGUAGAUGAAAUAUCACUAUGCACUUUGUUACAAAAUGCUUUGAAAGGCAUACAGUCUAUUUUGAAUGGUAGCAAAAUGAUCUUAAUGGAAACAGACCAACUUGGAUCGCUGCUUGCUGUGUUAAAGAAAUAUAUGUUUCAUCAACUUCCUGGAUUCAAUAUAGAAAUGCCUUCAGUCCUGUAUCCAUUACCUUUGCCUCAGUAUGAUGGAAGAUCGCCUUCAAAACCAGAACAAAGUGAAUCCACAUCAGUUCGAUCAUCUUGGAAUAGAAAGAAGAAGUCUAGAGGUAAACAGAAGAAAGGGCAGCAUGGAGAAGAGAAGAAGGAUGACAUGGAGAAUGAAUUGGCAGAUAGUCUUUUACCUGCUCUGGACAAAAUAACAAUGUGUGCAGGAGAUUCAAAUGCAAGUGUCUACUUGGGUCCCCAAAAAUCACAGAUGAAAAGUAUUGGCAAAGAUCCUGUAGCUUCAACGUCUUCGAGAUUUAAGAAAUUAUACAGUAGUGACUCUGAAUAUUCAGAUGCUGAAGGUGGUCUACAGAGUAAAAUAAGGUCUUUUCAAGCUAAAGUUAGGCAAGGAGCAUUGUCCUGCUUUCUAUCUACAAUAAAAUCUAUUGAAAAGAAAGUUCUUUAUGGCUAUUGGUCAGCCUUUGUUCCAGAUAUGCCUGGAAUUGGAAGUCCACAAUCUGUGUCUUUGAUGACAGUUGUGCUUAAAGAUUAUUCACCAAAGACCCGUGCAUGUGCUCUUCAAGUCCUGUCUGCUAUACUGGAUGGUUCAAAACAAUUCCUCUCAGUUGCUGAUGAUACAAAUGAUCAUAAAAGAGCCUUCACUCCUUUAUCUGUCACGCUUGCUUCAAGUAUUCGGGAGCUUCACAGAUGCCUGCUGCUAGCGGUGGUUGCUGAAUCUUCUGCACAAACAUUAACACAAAUAAUUAAGUGCCUUGCAAAUUUGGUGUCCAACGCACCGUAUCAUCGGUUGAAAGCUGGCCUACUCACAAGAGUCUGGAACCAUAUUAAACCUUAUAUCCGUAAUAAAGAUGUGAAUGUUCGUGUCUCAAGCCUUACAUUAUUAGGUGCUAUUGUAUCCGCUCAGACGCCUUUACAUGAGGUGCAAGUUCUUUUACAACAGCCAGUUGUUUCACUGCUGCCACAUUCUGGGCCUGCAGUCAUUACUCGUCUCAAUGACCCAGACUGGUGGAGGAAAGAGCCUGUUCAGGAAUCGGCAAGCCUUCAUUCUGACCAGCCACAGUCUGAGUCCUGCUGGCUAAUCCGGUUGUGUAUUUCAUUGGUAGUUAAUCCAAGAGAAGACUCCUAUUCUGAUAGCGAUGUCAGUUCCUCAGCUAUUCUUCAGUAUGAACCCUCUCCUGUUCGGCUUGAAGCACUGCAGGUGCUGGCUCGGCUUGUUAAAGGAUACUUCAAUAUGGCACGGAGUUACCUCAUGGAGCUGGGGGAGGUAGCCUGCAAGUGUAUGCAAGAAACAGAUGCUUCAAUUCAACUACAUGGUGCUAAGUUGUUAGAAGAAUUGGGAACAGGAAUAGUUCAACAGCAAAAAACUGAUUCUGUAGUUCCUAUUUCUCAGAGGGUGACGGUUUGUGAGGCUGCAACAUUUUGGAACAUGAUUCUGAGUGGUCCUUUACCUGGAGCCUUACAGAAUGAGCUGCAUCCAACUCUACAGACAAGUGCUUGUGAUGCCCUUUCAUCUGUUUUGCCAGAGGCUUUCACCAGUUUACCAGAUGACCGUCAGAUACUGUGUAUAACACUGCUGCUUGGGCUAAACCACAGUGAAAAUCCUCUUGUAAAAGCUGCAGCUGCACGCGCUCUUGGUGUAUACAUCCUGUUUCCAUGUCUUCGACAGGAUGUCAUGUUUGUAGCAGAUACGUCAAAUGCAAUAUUGAUGUCUCUCAAUGACAAGUCCCCAAAUGUGCGAGCUAAAGCAGCCUGGUCGUUAGGCAACCUGACGGAUACAUUAAUCGUUAAUAUGGAAUCUGUGGGACAUACUUUUCAGGAAGAAUUUUCAGACCUGUUGCUUCUGAAAAUGCUGAGGUCAGCAACUGAAGCAUCAAAAGACAAAGAUAAGGUAAAAAGCAAUGCUGUCCGGGCCUUAGGAAAUUUACUCCACUUUUUGCAGCCAUACCAUAUUGUAAAACCAAGGUUCAAUGAGAGCAUUGAAAGCUCAAUUCAGGCUCUAAUUGCAACAGUGCUUGGGGACGGAACUAUGAAAGUAAAGUGGAAUGCCUGCUAUGCACUAGGAAACGUGUUCAAAAACACGGCUCUCCCACUCGGUAAAGCCACAUGGAGCACGGAUGCUUAUAAUGCCCUCACCACUGUUGUCAAAUCCUGUAAGAACUUUAAAGUCAGGAUCAAAUCAGCAAUGGCCCUAUCCACACCUUCAAGUAGGGAACAAUACGGAAGUAUUGAACAAUUUGGCAAUAUCUGGAAUUCUUUGAUUACCGCAUUGCAAAAGAGUGAGGACACAGAAGACUUUCUGGAGUUUAAAUAUUGUUCUAGCUUACGAGCACAAAUCUGCCAGGCUCUAAUACAUAUGCUGAACAUGGCCACCCUAGAAGAUCUGCCCUGCAUUCAUAAAACGUUGAUGGAGGAAGGAGUCACAAUCAAGAAUUACAUGUUGCAGUAUGUAAAGUUGGGUGUUGAUGGAGAAGAAACACAGGGAGAAUAUAAAUACAGGGAUCAGAUGCUCAAAAAAGCAAUAGAUCAUGUACGGAAUUUACAGGAGACAACAGUAGGCUUUAAAAAGUUUAAUGCAGUAACGUUCUUUGAAGACCUUUUACCGAGUUCUGAGAAAGAAAUAAAAGUUUAGCCAAAUCAAAUACAUAGAUUAACACCAUACAUUUUCUCUUUCUACAUUUUUUUUAGGUACAUUACAUCCAUCUAGUGUGGUAUGUCAAUUGUAAGCUGCACAUAGAUAAAAAUGGCAAAUAGUCACAUGCUUGCCUUUCUGAUUCCCUCCCAAUGGUAAUGGUACUAUAGAUGGCAUAUGUUUUUAUCUAUAUACAUCUUACACUUAAAGGUGAUGUCCUGUUCAGCACUUUCUUGUGGCAUUAUGCCUGGGCUGCCAGCAUCUAAAACAAACUGGACUCACCUACCGCCGCUUUCUCGGUGCCCCGGUAUCGCUGCUUUAGUCCUUCACUGCCAUCUUCUUCCUGGUUGCCCAUGGGCGACAAGUGCCAGCAACGGAAGACUAGAGCCGCCAUCCCGGGUACAAUUUGAUGUUUUAGAUGCUGGCAGCCCGAGCAUAAUGGUAGAAAAAAGUGCUUAACGGGACAUCUUUUAAAUGCAUGUGUACUUGUACGUCCUCGCCACUCAAGGGAACUUUGAAGAGAGCUCAGGGGCUGAGCUCGCUUCAGAGAUAAUGAGUAAUGGCAGCUAUGAGCCAAACAUUAACUAUAAAACUGAUGGCCAGCAUUAACCCUUUAACUUCUAAAAGUGUUAAAAUGCAGGAGUCGGUCAAAUAGGCGAGCAGAAAAUCACCGAUAACACUGAUCAGUGCUAUGCCCCCCCCCCCCCCCCCCCAAAAAAAAAAUAAUAUAAGUUUCAUAUAUGCAAAUGUGGUGUCAAUAAAAAGUACAGAUCACAGCGCAAAAAAUUAACCCUCAUACCACCGCUUAUACGGAAAAAUGAAAAAGUUAUAGGUUGUCAAAAUAGAGGGAUUUUAACCCCUUAAGGACCAAGGACGUAUGAUAACGCGGGGUCCCACGGUGACCCCGCAUCAUAUCACAGCGGGCUCGGCGUCAUAGUGAAGCCGGGACCCGCCUCUAAUAGCGCGGCACUGAUCGCGGUGCCUCGCGCUAUUAACCCUUUAGCCGUGCACUCAAAGCUGAGCCACGCGGCUAAAAGUAAAAGUGCCCGGCUAGCUCAGGGAGCUGUUCGGGAUCGCCGCGGUGAAAUCGCGGCAUUCCCGAACAGCUGUACUACAGGAGGAAGGUCUCUUACCUUCCUUCCUGCAGUCCGAUCCCCGAUUGAAUGCUUCAAGCCUGAGAUCCAGGCUUGAGCAAUCAAUCGCCGAAAACCCUGAUCAAUGCAUCCCUAUGGAGAUGCAUUGAACACAGUUAAAGAUCAGUAAAUGCAAUGUUAUAGCCUCCUAUGGGGGCUAUAAUAUUGCAAAAGAAAAGUGUAAAAGAAUCAUUAACCCUUUGAAUUAUCCCUUCCCCUAAUAAAAGUUUGAAUCACCCGGCAUUUCCAAUAAUAAAAAAUAAAAAAACUGUGUAAAUAAAAAUAAACAUAUGUGGUAUCGCCGCGUGCGGAAAUGUGCGAUUUAAAAAAAUAUACCGCUAAUUAAACCGCACGGUCAAUGGCGUACGCGCAAAAUAAUUCCAAAGUCCAAAAUAGCUUAUUUUUGGUCACUUUUGAUAUCAUGAAAAGAUGAAUAAAAAGCGAUCAAAAAGUCAGAUCAAUGCAAAAAUGGUACCGACAAAAACUUCAGAUCACGGUGCAAAAAAUGAACCCUCAUAGCGCCCUGAACACGGAAAAAUAAAAAAGUUAAAGGGGUCAGAAGAUGACAAUUUUAAACGUAUACAUUUUCCUGCAUGUAGUUAUGAUUUUUUUCUGAAGCAAUACAAAAUGAAACCUAUACAAGUAGGGUAUCAUUAUAACCGUAUGGACCAAGAGAAUAAAGAUAAGGUGUACUACGUAGAAACGGAAGCCCCCAAAAGUUACAAAAUGGCUGUAUUUUUUCAAUUUUGUCGCACAAUGAUUUUUUUUUUCCUGUUUCGCCGUAGAUUUUUGGGUAAAAUGACUGAUAUCCUUACAAAGUAGAAUUAGUGGUGCAAAAAAUAAGCCAUGAUACAGAUUUUUAGAUGCAAAAUUUUAAGAGUUAUGAUUUUUUAAAGGUAAGGAGGAAAAAACGAAAGAGCGAAAAACG